GUCACAACGAACGGGAUGAAGUUUGACAUUGACACUUUGACAGCCGUGACCUUCAGAAGUUUGACGGAUUACGCGGUAUCUACUUCAAGGGAGCUAAGGGAAAUUUUUCAGACUACGUCACAAAAAUUGAUGUUUUCUUCCCUUUCCGUUGAUGGAUACUGGUUGAGACAGAAACACGUUGGUUGUGAAAGGAUCAAAAUGUCAAACCCAAAAGCUGUAUUCGACUAUAGAGAUGAAUCUCAAGCAGACCGACUUGCACGAAAGUCAAAAGAUUCACCAUUUAUGAUCAUAGGUAUUCUGGGAUUAAUAGGUGUGUGUGGGUUUGGAGCAUACAAGUACAAGACCAAGGGUAAAAUGAGCACCAGUGUGUUUCUGAUGCAGCUCCGAGUGGCAGCCCAAGGCACCGUGGUGUCAGCGCUAACUAUAGGACUGGCGUAUACACUAGUAAAGGAGCAUCUACUAAAGGAUGAUAAGAAGAAAGAAUAACUAUAAUAGCAAAAUUAAUAUUUUAGCAAAAAUUUCGUUUGGGAAACUUUUAACUUUCAGAUAAUACUUAUUUGAUCAGAAAUCUCAUUUUAAUCUCAAAUGUAUAAAUGCAUAAGUUUCCCUUGCUAGUAUAGUUUAGGAGCUAAUUAUGUUCUGUGAUCAUUUAGCAGGUAUUAUUUAAAUUUACGUAAAAAUGUGUUAUUUAUUGGUUAAGUUAUUGCAUAGUGGAUAGCACCCAUUGUUCUUAAUUUGUAGUGUGUUGGAUCUCUGUCAAAAAGCACUCGCCUUUCUGUCAGCCAUCCAACAAUCAGCACUGCAAGUCACAAGUUUUAUAACAAAGACCUAUGACAUAGUUCUGUUAAUAUACAUAAUACCAAAGGUAUUAAAAUCUAUUAAACAAUAGUGUUCAUAAAUCUCGAAUAUAAUAAUUAACUUUUGGAAUCUGUAUAAAGAUCUUACUAUAUUAUGUGAAUAUCAGAAAUUCUGUUAUUGUAUGUGGAAACAAUAUAAAAAUAAUGUUGUGGUGACUUAAGCUGCUUAUUUACUUAAAGUGAAAUAAAUAAAAAUAACUUGAUUAAAUUUAA